GGAUAUCUCAGUCUGUAGGAGCUGCGCAGUAUCAAGCAGAGCAAAACUAGACCUCUCAUUGCAGGGUUACCUUACUGCAUCCCAGGAACUCUGCUCUUCAUUUGCCAGGUGUUCAGCAGUCAGUGAUCUGCGCGUCACAUUAUGAGUGGUGAUAAGAAAUCCAGACAUGUCAUCUAUAAGAAGACCUCCCGGGAUAAGGCGGUGAGCGUGUACCUGGGCAAAAGGGAUUAUGUUGAUCAUGUGGAAUCUGUGGACCCAGUAGAUGGAGUUGUUCUAGUGGAUCCCGACCUUCUUAAAGGAAAAAAAGUGUACGUCACCCUUACCUGUGCUUUCCGUUAUGGCCAAGAGGACAUUGAUGUUAUUGGCCUAACCUUCCGUAAAGACCUUUACUUUGCUCGGACUCAAAUUUACCCACCAGUAGAGGACCCCAAGGCCUUGACCAAAGUUCAGGAGAGGCUGAUGAAGAAAUUAGGGAAUAAUGCAUACCCAUUUCUGCUGCAGUUCCCUGAUUAUCUGCCAUGCUCUGUGUCUCUUCAGCCAGCUCCCACAGAUGUGGGCAAGGCCUGCGGUGUGGAUUUUGAAAUUAAGGCAUUUGCUACAAACAAUUUAGAAGACAGAAUUCACAAAAAGAACUCUGUUCGACUUAUGAUCCGCAAAAUUCAAUAUGCGCCCGAUCAGCCAGGGCCUAAACCCAGAGCGGAGACAUCUUGGCAGUUCUUUAUGUCAGACAAGCCUCUGCAUCUGACGGCCUCUCUGCCUAAGGAGGUGUUUUAUCAUGGGGAGCCAAUCUCUGUGUCUGUCAGCGUGACCAACAACUCCGACAAAACAGUGAAGAAAAUAUCUGCCUCAGUGGAACAAGUAAGUAAUGUGGUGCUGUAUUCCAGUGACUACUACAUCAAGACGGUGGCUUUGGAGGAUUCUCAGGACAAGGUACCUUCAAAGGCUUCCUAUAAUCACACCUUCACCCUACUGCCCCUGCUGGCAUACAAUCGGGAGAAGAGAGAAAUUGCACUAGAUGGGAAACUCAAACAUGAGGACACCAACCUGGCUUCCAGCACUCUGCUUAAGGAAGGCAUUGACCGUACUGUCAUGGGAAUCCUGGUCGACUACAAGAUCAAAGUGACCCUCACUGUUUCUGGACUACUGGGAGACAUGACCUCAAGUGAGGUUUCUACGGAGCUUCCAUUCAUUCUCAUGCAUCCAAACCCAGAGAGCGCCAAGGAAAGUGAGCAGGAUGAUGACAUGGUGUUUGAAGAAUUUGCCCGUGAUCAACUCAAGGAUGAACUGCAAGCUGAAGAAAAGGAGGAAGAGGAGGAUGAUGAGAAAUAGGAUAUGCAAUUCCCCAUCUCUGGCUGUGACCCAGUAUCUAGUACCCUGUAGCAUGUUGCAUAGCACAGACCAUGCAUUGAUCUAGGUCUCUUCAUGCCCUCCUUCUUCUAUAUUACCUUGACAUGAGCACACCCCCCACAAUGGAGAAAGCUCUUUAUGUAGAAAUGUUAGAGUCAGGAUUGAUUGAUUGAAGAAAAUGGAACAAAACAAGUCAUUGCUUAUCUGAUUCUGACCCGAUUUAGAUUGUAAGAUUCUGAUCAGUAUCAGCAAGGACUGUGUGUAUUUAAUGCAUUCCUACUGUAUGUACUAGCUUACAACAACAGCAAUCAAAGAAGUUGUAACACCUUUGAUGUAACCCAAAUAAACCAGGUGGCAGUACGAUUCUA